GCUGCGUUGAAAUGCCCCAAUCUAUUUCUAUCGGACUUCCCCAUCCGCAUACCUUUUUCUUCCAUCAACGUUCUCAUCAUCUUUUCUUCAUCCUUGCUUCCUUGCUUUCAUCCGCAUCCCCUUUCCCCUUCCUUCGGCCCUCAUCUUAUCUCAUCCUCAUCACAAAUAUAUUAAGACACAGAGCACAAUGAGAUUCUCUACUGCUGCUAUCCUCGGCGCCUUCUCGGCGGCAUUGUUUGCGCCCUCAGUUCUCGCCUGUGAGCGUGAGUGCCAGGUCAAUGUCUCGCACGCCUUUGCGGACAAGUACCAGUUCGUUUCCAACCACUACUUCACCCUCCUCGACACCAAGAUCGAGGAGUCGCUCUUCUAUGGCAUUCCAGUCGACAUCCUUACGGCUACAGAGAGGGAGACUGCCAUUAAGACCCUCAAGGACUCUGUUACCGCUGCUCAGACCGCUUGGGGCAACACCAUCUUCCAGACGGUCUUUGACACUAUCUUCAAGGAUGAGCCCAAGUUCAAGGGCGACUGCAAUCACCCUCAUCGUGUCAUCCAGCCCCCACGCGGUGUCAACUGGACCAUGCCCGACUGUCACAACAUGGAUUAUAUCUGCGGAAACCCACCAUCGAUCUGUCACUUCAUGCCCAUGAUCAAGACCAGGAUUGUCAAGAAGCUGACAGGCCAGCUUCAGGCCCGCGUCGAUGGCGAUGAUUCGGAUGUGUAUGUCAACUUUAUCGCACCUGCUCUUCAGACCACCCUGACCGCUCAGCCAAAGCUGACCAGCUAUGUUGCGACCCUGCAUGGCAACCUGAACCAGAUCUUGGAGGCCAUCAAGAACAAUCUGGACAGUUUUGCGGAUGAGACUUUGUGGAAGGAGGAAUGGGACUUGGAAAUCAAGUAUCUCUUGCUAACUUUCCCAUAAGGCUUGCCAGGGGUUGUUUAUCUGCACCCAAGGGUGAGAUGAGGCAGCAGGACCUAUCUUAUCACAUUCCUUGGCACCUCAUUUUCAGUUACAGCCAUUCAGGCCCACUAGCUUAUUAAAAAAUAAAUAAAAAUAGUUGUAAUCACAUGA